GUAAGAAAAGGGGGGAAAAAAAUAGAAAAACACAAGGGAGAAAAAAACCCCUCAUUGAAUUUCUUCAAUCGGGUGCUUUGGGAAAGACUUCACAAACCAUCCCGAUCGGAGGAAAUCCCCGGCGGGAGGAUUAAAAGUCUUCAGAGCUGGGGUGAUGGAGGAUUCCCAUUUCAACUCCUCAUACUUCUGGUCUCCUGUGCAGGGGCAGAUUGAGAAUGCUGUAUUUCUCAAUAAGGCAAAAGAGCAGUUGGGUCAGGAUAAAAGCCCCACUUACUCACAUGGCCCCACCCAUUACCCAGCCACAGCAGUGGUGGCUGUUGCUGGGGGUGCCAUGGAUACAACAGCAGUGGGACGGACACUUAAACAGAACCAGGCACAAGCGUCCCAGGCCUCACACAGUAUCACAGUGUUGCCGGUGCCGUCUACUGGCAUCAUGACAGCAGCAGGUUUGGUCACCCUGGUGUCUCCAGUGUCCUCUGCCCAGUCCCUUAUUUCUGGACAUCCAUCCACCAACAUGAUAACAGUCCAGACAGACAAGAAAAAUGAAUCGUUGCCCUGUUCACCAGUUAUCAUACCAUUACCAUCGAAAAGGGGAAGAAAGAAAAAAUCAACACUUCCAUUGGUUGGCUCGCCUACUGGGACACAUCCCUUGAUUUUGGGUCUUGCAGGACAGCAUCAUUCUGCCAACCCUUAUAGUCUCUCCCCAGAAGUACAUGCUGGGAAAGAGGGCGGAAAAACAUACAGGUGCCGGAUGUGUGGUUUGACGUUCUGCAGUAAGUCAGACAUGCAGCUGCACUCCAAGUCGCACACGGAGGUGAAAGCUCACCAGUGUCCGCACUGCUCCAAAUCCUUCGCUAACACCAGCUACCUGGCCCAACACAUCCGCAUCCACAGCGGUGCCAAGCCCUACAGCUGCUCCUACUGCCAGAAGGCUUUCAGACAGCUCAGUCACUUACAGCAGCACACACGAAACCACACAGAAUCCAAACCACAUAGGUGUCCUCAUUGUACAAAAUCGUUUGCCAACACAAGUUAUCUGGCUCAACAUGUACGAAUACACACAGGAGUGAAGCCUUAUUCCUGCAACUACUGCCAGAAGACCUUCCGACAACUAAGCCACUUACAGCAACACAACAGGGUACACACGGGAGACAGGCCAUACAAAUGUACACAUCCAGGCUGCGAGAAAUCUUUCACUCAGCUCUCUAACCUUCAGUCUCAUCGGCGUCAGCACAACAAGGACAAGCCGUAUAAGUGUCACCACUGUAACCGUGGUUAUGUAGACGCAGCCAGCCUGGAAGUACAUCUGUCUACUCAUACAGUUAAACAUGCUAAGCUGUACUCCUGUGGUCUAUGCAACCGUACUUAUACCUCGGAGACGUAUUUGAUGAAACACAUGCGUAAACAUGCCCCCGAUCUGGUUGUAGCUCCACCUGGGUCAAACAGGCCUGACCAUGCUGGAGGAGGAGGCUCAGAAGGAGACCGAGCUGAGAGGAGAGACACCUUCACCCAGCAGGCUGUUGUGCCAUGUGUAUUUGACCUGAACCAGUACAAACCAAUAACCUCUGCAGAUGUGCAGUAUAAAACUGUCAAUGUAUCUGACAUCUCUCCUCACAAAGACCUCUGCAUCACUGUGGAGGCAUCUGCCAUACAGGUGGAACACCUGAACUCAUGAGAAUUCCCAAAUCUUUAAAUAGAGUGAGAAAAAACAAACUGUUUAAAUUGAUGAGAUCUACACAGAGCUGUGGAUACAGUAUGGAAAUAAUUGACAUACCUUCCUAUUUGUAUGAAGGAGCAAGUGACUGUGAUCUUCAAUUGACAAAAGUGAAGGAAUCGCUAAGGUGACUUUUUUUCAUUUUUUUUUUAAACAUUUAUAUCUGUAAUCUUGAUCUUCCUCACAAAAGCUUCCUUUAAAACUGGCUGUUUCAUUGGAUGCACAGGCCAUAUAUCAAAUCUUGUGACAAGGCUUUCCAUAAAAUGUCUGGUUUAUCACGUUUGUAUGAUCCUCUACAUCUGUAGGAGUUUGUACGGUCACUUAAACAUGAUUAUUGUUACUUUCAACAUGAAUAGACAUAUUCUGUGUUUUGCACAGCAUGUAUGGAAUUGUUGGUCCUUUUCCAUUUUAAAAGGGAAGUUUGUUUGCAGACAUGUAUGUAAAACAGAAAAGCACAUAUAUAUAUAUGAUUAUCAAGUGCAUCAUGUGUGAACAAGUAAAGGAUACCAAUGCUGUGGCAAAUAUCUUAUGAUUCAGAUGGUGGGUUCAUGAUGAAUUAUCCUGUUUAGAAUUCCCAUCUGCAAAUAACAUGUAAUAUUUUAUUAUUACUAUGUUAUUACUAUAGUAAUGUAAAAAUAACAAUGUUCAAAUGCACCCCAAACCUCCUGACAUUAAUUAAAUCAGAUUAGUGUGGAGUAAGCCUUUUUAGAACAAAAUAUUAAAGAAAAAUGA